AUGAACAGGGAUUUGGAUUUGGUGAAUUCCGCCCUUAUGGCCAAGUUGGUAAGGCGCCACACUAGUAAUGUGGAGAUCCUCAGUUCAAAUCUGAGUGAGGGCAGUUUUUUUUUAAAUGCCAAGAACAGUCCAAAUAGCAUUGCAACAUGUACAAUUUCCGGUGGGGACCUUAAAGAGCCACUCACUGGCGAAGAAAAGAAGUUUUACAGCCAGAUCUUCAAGACCUUGGACCUCAAGCACACGGGCUCGCUUUCUGGACUGGCAGCCAAGCCAUUGUUGGAGGCGUCCAACUUGAGUCCUCCAAUUCUCGGCGAGAUCUGGAAUAUUGCAGACCCUGACAACAAGGGGGUUCUGGAUCAGUUCGGGUUCUGUGUGGCCAUGAGACUGAUUGGCCAUGUCCAACACGGAGCAACUCUGACUGCCGACCUGUAUCAGUCGGCUCCUUCCCAGCUGGCCAGAUUCAACACAAUUCCAAUUAGCCACACUGGUGGAAGUUUGCCUUCCAACAACACAGGCUCGCGGAUCUCGUCGGCCUCGUCUGUGGACUCGCAACAGGUGGUUGUUCCAGUGCUGUCGCCACAGCAGGCGCAGAACUUUGGCGCCAUGUUCGAUAAGUCUGCUCCAAGCGGCGUUCUUCCCGGCCUGCAAGCAAGAGACAUCUUCCUCAAGGCCAGACUGCCGACCCCGAUUCUGGAGAAGAUCUGGAACCUGGUGGACCAGAGCCAGUCCGGCCAGCUCAAACGGCCGCAGUUCAUCGUGGCAAUGCACCUGAUCCAGAGCUUUUUGAGCAAAUCCAUGACCAUCCUGCCAACCGUCAUCCCAGACCCUAUUUGGGCCGUGGCCAACAGUCCGUCGCAACCACAGUCUCCAAUCCCACAUCAACUGUCGGGCGGAUCUACUGGAUCAGGCUCCACCAACCUCAACACCUGGAUCAUGUCUUCUCAGCAGAAACAGCAGUACGGUGCAGUGUUCGACAACCUGGACAAAUCAAAGACUGGCAAGAUCUCUGGCGACGAGGUGGCCAAGUUCCUGAUGACCUCCAAGCUUCCAAACGACACAUUGGCCACGAUUUGGGAGCUUUCCAACUUGGAUGGCUCCGAUUCGUUCAACAAACAGGAGUUUUCCAUUGCUAUGUACUUGGUCCAGAAAAAGAUUUCUGGCUUCGACCUGCCUCCAGAGACUCCUGCCCAAUUGCUGCAAACAAGCACCGUCACCGAACUGCCAAGAAGCUCGACGGUGCCUCCUCCGUUGCCUGCGUCUCCAACUGCUCCUGUGCAGAACGUCAACUCGGCAAAGUCGCAUCUCGACGACUUGCUCGACGUUUUUGGACAACCAGCUCGCACGGAGUCGGCAAGACCAGCUGUUCCUCCAGUUCCGGCUUCGAGAUCUGUUCAGCCUGAGUCUGGUGCCUCUGGACAGCGUUCAGGCUUCGUUCCAACGUCAAACUUUGGUCGCCAGCUCCAGACCCAAAACACUCAGGAACCACAGUCCUCUGACGACGAGGAUGGACCUGAGGAUCUGGACAAGAAGCCAGUCAGAGCCACACCGCCUGUGAUUCCAGGACGUGCCCAAAAGCCUCACUUUGACGACGCUGACACGCGGUCUUCUCCUGUUCCUAAAGAGUCUUCUGGUCCUAACUACGAAGCCUUGAGAACGGUGGGAAGUCCUCAGCCUUCGUCUCAGGAACGGGCGUUCACGUCAACUCCGUUCACUCAGCAGACCACUGGAAGUUUCUCCGAUUCCGGAGCGUCUCCUCAACUGACCUCUGGAUUCAGCAACCAGCCGCAAUUGACCGGCCAGGCGGCUGCUACCGACAGAGAAGUUUCUAACAAGCUGUCGCAGGCUUCUGUGGACAUCGCCAACUUCUCCAACCAAAUCAACUCGCUGACGGUGCAAACCACCAACGUGAACUCCAAGAGAGACAAGGCCCAGAAGGAGCUGUCGAGAAUCAUGAAGGUCAAGGAAGGAAUCGAGGAGAAGCUCGCCCAGCUCAAGACUCUGUACGAGCGUGAAGUUCAGCAAGUCCAAGAGGUGGAGAGUGUUUUGAUCACGUCUCGCAACGAAUCUGAGUCGUUGAAGCAGGAACUUGCUUUGGCCGAGGCCAACUACCACUCUGAGCAGUCAAAGUUGCAGAAGCUGCAACUGGAGGUCGAGGAGACACAAAAGGCCAACCAGACCACCAAGGAAAGACUCGGUGUUCUGAACGCCGAGUCCAUCGACCUGAACCAGCAGAUCGAGUCGUUGUCCCAGAAACUGAAACAGACUCACAACAUGCACGCGGUUGCCAGCCAGCAAGUUGCUUCCCAGGAACAGGAGAACAACCAGCUCAGGUCCAAGAUCGAAUCUAUCACGCAAUCUAUCAAGGACAUUGAACUCAAACACUCACAGCUACUUACGAGAUCCAACGAAUUGGAGGACGAGAACUACGAUCUACACCAGCAACACGGCAACUAUAGCGCCCAGUUUGCAGAGAAGAACCUGAACUUUAGCACUGCUCUUGCCUCUGGAGCCGCUGUGCUGGGCGGCGGAGCUGCUGCUCUGCUCGCUGCUACCCAUGGCGGACACAAGUCUGAGGAGUCUGAGAAGGAACAGGCCAAGGAGCCAGCACAAGAUGAAGAAGUUCCAACCGCGUCGUUGGACAAUUUCGACGACAACGACUUCUCUGUGCCUAGUGCCGAGGAGCUGAGAAGAAAUGCCACCGAGUCGGUUUCCAACACCACCGGUUUCGAUUCGUCCACCAAGUCCAGAUCGGAGCCAGCUACUUCGCAGACCUCGGAACUGGACGACGGGUCGCAGUCGCAACAGCAGUUCUCUCUUCCGUUCGGUAUCCCCCACUCUGAAACGUCUUCCAUCCAGAACAAUCCGUCUCAGUCUGUGAGAGGAGACUUCGACGUGCCAGACUCCCCAACCUCCACCAUUGAAGAGGAGGCCGCUCCUCCAAUUCCUGUUCUGAGCUCGCAAGUGCUGCCAGAAGGCGAGGAGGUCACCGAGCCUAUCUCGUCGAACGACAACGGCGAGUCUUUCGAGAUGGUCGACCACGACGACGCCAAGGAGUCUGCUCUGCGCGACGUCUCGGCUCCUCAGUACACCAUGCCGGGAAGCAUGCCGGGCGAGUUUGCAGGAAUCACCGAGUCCCAGGACACAGUCUCCAAGGCCACUACAGAAGUCUCUGGAACCACCGAGGCAGGCGAGCCGGCUGCUCCAGUUGAAGAAGAGGACGAUUUGUAUUCACCAGCUACAAAAGCAGUGCAUCCUGAAGGAUCCACCUCCGAGCUGCCAACUCCAGACGAGCCAACCGCAGGAUUCCCUAAGCAGACUCCUUCGCUUGACGACCUGAAGCCGGCCGACGAGGAGUCCAGCGACAACGAGGAGUUCCACGACAGCAUUUCGAGUCCAACGAGAUUCAACGCGGGCGAGGAGCCAAGGGAGCCAAAGGUUGCCGACAAGUCGACAAAUCCAUUCUCCGCAGCCAAAAACACAGACAUGUUUGACGAUCUGGGACUCGAAGAGGCACAUGCCGAAGACUCCUUCAACACCUCGCAAUUUGACAACUUCAACAGCUUCGACGGGUCUGCUCCAGGCUUCUCUGUUUCGGAGCCAGUUGGCGGUGCCGACGCUGGCCAAGCAGGUGCUGCUGCCAAUGACGACUGGGAGCAGGUGUUUGCUGGUUUUGGAAAUGAUCCAAACUUGCAACCAGCAGUGAACGAGUUCGACAGCCCGCCUGUCUACCAGGCCAACGAAAGCGAUGCUCAUACUGCUGCUGCCAAGAGCGAUGUCCCAGAUAGCACGGCUGCUUUCAGUCAGAGCCAGCAAAUGGCCAUUGACGAGCUCGAAGGCAUGGGAUUCGACGAGGCCGCUGCGGUCAACGCGUUGCAGAAGAACAAUUGGCAGUUGGACCUGGCCACAAACUUUUUAUUGGACUCUGCCUAA